UAAGAAGCGGCCAAACUGAGACAUGGUUGUACGCAGAAUGGAGAACUUCAUGCAGAUAACAGUUAUACUUCUCUGCAGCCACAGUUGGAUCUGUGAGUCUCUAACUGUGGACGUCCAUCCUGGUGAGGACAUCACUCUGUCCUGCUCCAACAUUUCUCCAUCUCCAACCCAGACAGACUGGUUCAGAGUGGUUCAUGGAACCAAACCCAGCUGCAUCUCCUCCAUGUACGGUGCUGAAGGCGAACCUUCAUACUGCGAUGGAUUCCACCGUGAAAAAUUUAUCAUGAGUUCCAACAAGACAGUUUUCUUUCUUCAAAUCAAACAAGUGGACCUGAUGGACUCUGGGUUGUAUUUCUGUGGAUUUUAUGUAAAGAAACAUACAGUUAUUGGCAGAGCAACAGAGUUAACCAUUAAAGCUAACAGAGACUCCAAAGACGAGGGGGAUUCUGAUAAUACAAAAGAAGCGGAGCAACUGAUGGACCUGAUGCCUGGGAUUUUAGGUUCUCUGACUGCUCUUCUCUUUGUAGCAGUCGUUGUUCUGGCUGUUAAAAACAGGAGACUUGAGAGAGCUUCAAGGCUGCAGAAAGAAAGAAACGAGACUCUGGGCUCUUCUGACCUCCACUCUGCUCUGCUGAGGUUCUUCCCAAACACUGAACAAAUCAUGAAGGCAUCAAAACACAUCGCAGUGGAGACUCAUGUUCUGUAUACCAACAGCAGAUAAAUAUCAUCUUGUAUAUUUGGCUGAAAAUGUUUGCUAUUAAUUCAAUGCAGUUUUUUUGUAUCUGAAUUAGAGAUAAAGCUGUUAAAUGUCUAUUAGCUAGUAUUAAAAAAAUCCAGUUAAACUGUAUCCAGUUCUUUCAUGCAUCCCUGUGUCAAUGAAUGGUUUUUAUUUUUGUUAUGCGCAUUAAAUUAUUUCAUGUUGUAUUAAAAG